GGACGUGUAAUGUACAAUGGAAAAGGGUCAAAGUCAAACCAAAUUAAUGGCCCUUCACCAAACCGUUUGGGCAUAUAAAGGCAAGCGAUUUAUUUGUUCUUCACUACAAUCCGUAGAACAAAAUCCAACAGAUCAACAUGAAGCUGUUUAUCAUUGCUGCCCUCAUCGCCGUUGCUGCCGCUGCCCCAUCAUCGUACGGGCAAACUGGCUACCAGCAGUCUAACUAUGGCUCCCAAAACUAUAACGAUGGCAAAGAUUACUCCGGUAUUUACAUCAUAAACCAAUCCGAUUACCGCAAACCGGAUGGCAGCAGCUCGUUCGAUUACCUGCAAUCCGACUACACUGCUCGCCAAGAGUCGCAGGUCCAGAAGUUGAUACCUGUAACCAACUACGAUUCGUAUGGCAAACCUAGUUACGAUAAAGCUUACGGAAACACCAACCAGGGAUCUGUUUACUGGAUUUCUCCAGAAGGCGAGAGAAUCUCCUUGUCCUGGGUUGCCGAUGAAAAUGGCUACCAGCCAUCGGGUGACCAUUUGCCAGUUCCCCCACCCAAUCCAUACCUAAACUUUGGAUCCAGAUACUAAUGGGUAUUCUGGUAAAAUCUCCUUUUGACGCCUCUUCUGCAACCUAAAGACCUAUUUUGAUAAAUUUAUAAUAAGUUAUAUUUGGGAUUCAGUGGGAAUUUUUAAGUCACUAUUUCAAGCAAAUCAUGGCAACGUGGCUUAAUGAAGUAGAAACAGAAAAAUACAAUAUCUACCAAUAAA